AUGCCUUGUCGAUCCAAGCAAGCCCUUCUCCAGGGGAUUCGGCCCAAUGCCAACCAAAGAGUCGUCUGCGGUGUUUGCACUCGUCACUGCAUCUUCUGCGAUAUCUGGAAGCUGGCCACACUCGUCUACACCCGCAUCCCUCUGUCAUCCAAAUAUGACACUGUUCAGCCAAAGAGACAACAAUCCUCGCGUGCCUCUUCACCCACACAUCGCGAGACCUACGACUGGGAGUGCAGCGAGCGCAUGAUCGAAGCUCAAUUCCAGACACAACGAGUCCGACUAGCAAGCAUCAUGUCCAUCUGCACCGUCGAGGGCGCCGAAGAGAGCGAGGGUCUGCGCGUGGCCCACGACCGAUGCCUCGGCUCCGUCGAGCAACUACUACAUCAGGAGCGUGUGCUCGAAGACACUCUUGUGCGAUCCAUUCAAUCAUCCCAGCGGAGACCCGGUGAAUCCCAGUACACCGGUCAGUACUGUGGGCCCGCUAGCACCGACUACUAUUACCAUUACCCGACAGAGCGGAGAUCAAGCCGCGUUGGCCUUGCUGCAUGA